CGGAAGAGAUAAUCCGCUUACACCAAUAACAACAUAAACGAGGAGAGAAAAUUCAUUCUGAUAGAAAAGGGAAAAAAAUCUUUCGUUCUCUGGCAGUAAAAUACGAAGGAAAAGGUAUAUACGACCACAUUUUGAAUCCAUGAAGCUAUGAAGAAAUUCUUCGAGAAAGCUAAGCUUGAGAUCAAGUUCAGGAAAGCUGGUGAUGGACACACCUUGACUGAGAGCAAUACUGGUCACCGUCCCUCAACUUCACAUUCAAGUACACCAGCCCCAAGGGCUGUUCCCUGUACAAGUGCACAGAGGGCAGGAGAGGCAGCUCUUUUAAGAAUAUCCCAGCAAGAAAAAGCAGCAAGCAAAAAGCCGCAGUCAGUGACAGCCACUUGGAAGCAUAACAGUGCUUCUACGAAUACAAAUAGCAGUGGAAGCCCUUCCCUAGACUUUGAGAAACUUAGAAAUGAAGUGAAACAAGAAGUUUUUGCAAAUAAGAAACAAUUUUCAGCACCAUCUCAAUCUGCAUCUACUCUAUCACAGCCUUUAGUUGCUGUAAAAGAUGAGCCUAUGAGACUAUCAGUAGAAGGGAUUUACUUUAAAUGCCCACUUUGUCCAGUGACUGUCCUUCAAAAAGAACAAGAUUGCCAUCUCAAAGAAUGUCUGGAAAAUAUGUAUACAGAAAACCCCCACAUGGCAGCGGCAUCCAUGAUUCAAUCCCUAAACAAGGACAAAGAAAAAGUUCAAGCUUGUAUUGACAUUCUAUGCAAAUACAUUGACAAUAUCUGUAACAAUCCUGGUGAAGAGAAGUACAGGAAAAUCAAACAGAGUAACAGAAUAUUCAAGGAGCGUGUUUCUACGAUUACUGGUGCUAUAGAAUUCAUACUGGCAUGUGGGUUUGAAGAUAUGAUGAUCAAGCAAGAAGAUAAAUUAGAGAGUUUUUUCGUGCUUCCAAGUGAAAAGGCCGAGGAUCAAGAAACUCUACAAACGUACAAAGCAGUUCUCCUAUCGACUGAACCACUUAAGCCUACACUGGACAGAAAUCUUAAAGUAUUUCGACCAUCUUCGGGUACAAUGCAAUUCGAACUCCCUGAAGAAUUCUUUUCUCUUUCGUCUGAGGAAAUCAAGAGAGAAUAUAAUUCCAAAUUAGAAGAGAUUGACAAGAAAUGCCAACUGAGAACAAAAGCCAUGAGAGAAGCAGACAAGAAACCAAGCAAAACAUACCGAUUUACUUUAAUUCGAAUAAGGUUUCCUGACGGAGUUAUACUACAAGGUACUUUCUACAGCCGAGAAAAGCUUCGGGACUUGUUCGGAUUUAUUCGUCAAUCACUCGAGUCUGAUUGGCAGCCGUUUGUACUGAGUGACCCAACUGGGCAGCUCAAAGAAGAGGAAGCUACUCUUAACGAGUUGGGCUUGGUUCCUGCAGCAGUUGUUAACUUCGCUUGGGACGCAACCAUCAUGGCUGACAUCGUGGCUGCUAGCGGCUCUGUGCAGCAAGGCAACUACUUGAAACCAGAAGUAAUGGCUUUAAUUCAAGAGCUUAGUUAGACAUUAUCAAGAAAGCUGUCAUUAUGGUAUAUGUUAAUGGUCUUAUCGUUCCAGUUGUCUUGAUGCCGGAGGCAACCGAGAUGCACUGGAGCGAGAGAGAUCAAGAUCGCAAGGUCGCGCUUAGUGUGUGAUAGUAUCCCAUCAGUAAAGGUUAUUUUUGACUGCGAGACAGUUGUGUGAUCUGCCACGUAGAGGUUUUGUGAGUGCAUGGGAGACAUGUUUUAUACGCUUCAAGGGAGUAACAAGGUACGACACGUUGUUAGUAUAUGUAAUAGAACUCCAUGCUGUCCAAUUAAGAAAUAAUUGGACGAGGAAAAUUCUGAGGACUGACAAAAUUGGUUGAGGCCGUA